AUGACGACGAGGCCGCAUUGCGCGGCCACCCCGCUUUCCCCUUCGUCUCGGGCCUCCUCCUCCUCAUCGCUCUCCUGCGUCUCCUCCGCCGCGUCCUCGUCGGGCUCCUGCUACGUGCCGGCGUCGUGGCCGCCGAAGUGCGGCGGCAAGAAGAAGAGGAGCAGCCGCAGGAGGGCCAAGAAUGGCGCCGCCGGCGGUGCCGUUGCCGUCCUCAGGAGGAACAGCUCCAUCUACAGAGGCGUCACCAGGCACCGGGCCACGGGGAAGUUCGAGGCUCACCUGUGGGACAGGCACGCUCGGUGUCCGGCCAAGAGCAAGAAGGGCAGGCAAGUUUAUCUUGGAGCUUUUGACAAUGAGGAGGCAGCAGCCCACACCUAUGAUCUUGCAGCGCUCAAGUACUGGGGCUCAGAGUCAUCAGAAUGUAAACUCAACUUCCCACUGGAAUUGUACAACCACGAGCAUGAGACGAUGCACCGCAUGUCAAGGGAGGCGUACCUGGCCGCUCUGCGGCGCAGGAGCAGCUCCUUCUCGAGAGGCGCCUCCGAGUACAGGGGAGUGGCCAAGCACCACCGCAAUGGCAGGUGGGAGGCCAGGAUAGGCUAUGCUAACUGCAAGAAGUACCUCUAUUUGGGGAUAUUCGGGACCCAGGAGGAGGCAGCCCGGGCCUACGACCUCGCAGCUCUGGAAUUGCGGGGCCACGCCGCGAUCACCAACUUCGACAUCAGCAGCUACACGGAUUACCUGCAGCAGCUUGAGCAGCCGGUCCCCAAGGCCCAGCCGAAGCCGGCUCUGAAGCCCAAGGCCGAGCCCGUCGACGAGGAGGCACGGCUGCUGCCCAAGGCUGCUGAUCCGAUUCCGGCGCCGCUUCUGACGCCCAAGCCUGAGCCCGAAGACGAGCUGGCCGGUCCACUGGCGCCGCUGCCGCCGGGCCCCGUGCUCCGCGACGAGGAUGACGUGGACAACGCCAUCGCCGAGAUCCUGCCGGCGCUCGGCAUGGACCCCGCCGACUUCGAGGCCCGGUACCCCGCCCGCGGCGCCCGCGCGCUCGGCUGGCCGUCCGACGACCACCAGCUGCGCGGCCUGCCGCUGCCGGACGCCGGGCGCUUCGAGGACGACAUCGAGACCCUGUUCGAGGCGCCCGGCUCGGCCGGCCCUGGCCAGGGGGGCGAGGUCCAACCCCCCGCCGCCGUCGUGCCUGACGCCGUCUCCUGCGCGGCCGCCGCGAUCAGCUCGCUGGCGUCCGGCCGUUGGUGGUGA